AGGCCUCUGUCGUGAGUGUAAUUACUCCUCUCGUCUCUCUGAUCGUCUUCUUCUUCUUCUUCAGCCACACCCCUCCCUGAACUCCAUUAAUUCUUCAUGGCUAGCAUAAGCUUCAUCAUCGGCAUCAUUGGUAACAUCAUUUCCUUCUUCGUUUUUACUUCUCCCAUUAAGACAUUCUGGGAGGUGGUGAAGAAUAAAUCGACAGAGGAUUACGAAGUGUUUCCUUAUAUAAUAACAUUACUGGGCACAAGUUUAUGGACUUUCUAUGGAUGUCUGAAACCAGGUGGUUUGCUCGUAGUGACUGUGAAUGGAAUUGGUGCCACUUUCCAGUUCAUCUAUGUCACUCUCUUUCUCAUCUACGCUCCAAAGAACAAGAAGGUGAGGGCGGCGAAGCUGGUGGCGCUUUUAAACGUUGGGUUUCUUGGGGUGGUGAUUGCAGUAACUCUUCUAGCCCUGCAUGCAAAACUUCGGCUCACUUUUGUAGGACUUAUAUGUGUUGGAAUGACUACAAUUGUUUAUGGUUCACCUCUAUCAGCCAUGAAAACAGUGAUAAAGACGAAGAGCGUGGAAUUCAUGCCGUUUUUGCUAUCAUUUUCCCUCUUUCUAAACGCAGGAAUUUGGCUAAUUUAUGCAGCAGUCAUCAGAGACUACUAUAUGACAGUGCCCAGCGUACUCGGAGUUUUGUUGGGGAUAAUCCAGUUGAUCCUUUACGCAAUGUACAAGAAGAAGCCAAUGUCAACCAAGUCAACGAAUGAGAUGCAGGAAAAAGUUUCGGACAACGCGAUCAAAGAAGACUUGGAGAUGCAAGUAUGCAAUAACAACGGCGAUGAUUGCCAAUGCAAUCGUAAGGAAAAUGGACAAUACGCUAUUAAAGAUUCUGAGAAACAGUUUCUUUGAAUCAAAAGGUGAUGAUGAUCUUUCUUGAUUUACAAGGAAGGGAAUGGAUAUUAAUGGGUUUUUCUUAUUAAAAAAGAAAAGGCAAGACUCGAACUUCUGAUCCUGUUGAAAAAAAAAAAAAUAUAUAUAUAUAUAUAUAUAUAUAUUUAUUGUUAAAUUGAGCAUGUUAUAUAUAUAUAUAUAUAUUCCCAAAAUGUGGGUUUGUUUUGGUGAGUCCUCAUCAGUCCAAUAGUGUGUUGUAAACCUUUUCUUUUUUCGUGAAUCACGCAAUUGUACUGUAGUACAUCAGCCAGGAUUUUGUUUGGAUCUGUUUUAUU